GGUGGGUAUGAGGAUGUGCCGAUGCAGUCGAGGCUGCCGCAGCGGAACCCGAGGUUGAUGAUCCAGGCAAGUCGGACGUCGAAGCCGCGGCGGCGCAUCGUGUCGGGGUAUACGGCCUACCACGACGACGAGGAGGAUGAGGACGAGGACGACGAAGAUGGAAAUAACGGGACCAGCAGCGGCUACGGGCGGCGGUAUGACUUGGACGGCGGCAACGCAAACAGCGGGAGCGACAGCAGCGACGACUCCGGCUCGGGCUCGGACGACGAGAGCAUGAUUGGCGACGAAGACUACGAAGAAGCGCAGCGGCGCCCCGGUCGUCGCGUAGUCUACCUCCCACCCGUGCCUGAGCCCGCGGGCCACUACAACGAGCUCCAUCCCACAGUCGCAGGCACGCGGCGCGUGACGGCGUACCAUAUCGCGGAGGAGUUUGAUCUGCGGCAGAUCAACAAGUUUGCGAUGCAAACGCACGACGUCGUGGACUCGCUCGGGUUCGAAGGCAACGGCGACGACGACGCGCUGUAUCUCUCGUACGGACUGCCGAUGGUGCCGGGGAAAGAUGGGUAUCGGGUGCGGUCGGGGAGGAGGGAGGCGUAUUUCCCGCUCGCGGCGGCGACGAAGGCGGUGGGGUAUUUUGGCGGGAGUGGGAAGAGGGCUGCGGACGCGAGUGGGGGAGUGAGCGCGGUGAAUGAUGAGAGGGAGAUGGAGCCUACUAGUGCGGUAGACGACGACAGCAAAGCACUACUCCGACCCGGCCCGGAGACCACCGAGUUCAGCAGCGAGCAGCAGGAGCAGGAACAGCAAGAGCAACAAGAGCAGCAACAGUACUCGCGCGAGGUCGACCACGACGACUACUUUGGCGACGACCACCACAGCGACGACGGCAACGAGGACUACGCGGAGCACAUGUACAACGAAAGCACGCAGCGCGCCGAGCUGUUUUUGUUUGGCUACGGGGUUGUCGUGUUUUGGAAUUUCACCGAGACGCAGGAGCGCGAUAUCAUGGCUGAUUUCAUGUUUUCGAACCACGACGCGACCGCGUUUGGCGGGAACCUGAUGAGCAGAAUCCUCCCCGAACACGACCGCGAGACCGAGACGUUCAGGUUCGAGUACACGAUGAACGAAAACUCGCGGAUUUUUAACGACCUCAUCAUCCUGCGCGCGCACCGCUCCAACAAACUCAACGUCAAAAGCAAGCUCACAAUGUCGCACGCGAUCGCGCAGUCGACGAUCCUCUCGUACUUUGAAACAAAGAUGGAAACCGUCACCAUCCGCGAACUCGAGAUCGUGCCCGCGCGGCUCGCGUUGCUGGGCACCACGCCGCGGCUCACGCGCGAGGACCUGCUCAAGAUCGAGGGGAAACUGUUUGGUCUGCGAGUUGAAGUGAACCUGAGUUCGAGCGUUCUCGACGUGCCGACGUUCUUUUGGGAGACAGAGCCGGGGAUGCAGGAGUUUUACGACAUGGUGCGCGAGUACCUCGAGAUCAAGCCGCGGAUCAAGAUCUUGAAUAAACGGUGCCAGGUCUUUUUGGAUUUGGCGGAUAUUUUGGGGGAUUCGAUUGCGGAGCGGAAUAUGUCGAGGAUUACUUGGAUUAUCAUCGUUUUGAUUGUCGUGUCUUUGUGCGUGACUACCCUCGAGAUUAUCAUGCGCUUCUCGGUACUUUCAAAGCUACAACCGGUCCCAAUCGACGACGACGGCGCCUCGUCCGCGGCCAUAAACGCAACAGCAGACUCCCCACACGCCUACCUCGCCUAAAAGACCACCGCACGCACAUCCCCCGCCGCCACAUCAUAUAUACCUACACCGUCUUAGCUUUCUAGGCAGGAGGGUACCCUUACCAACGAUCGCCGGCGCCGGCGACGCCGCUGACGCAGGAAAGAGUGGAUUAUGCUUUUCUAGUAGGUAACUCUACUAUUUGAAUUUUUCAGAAGAGAAAAAGAUACUCGGCUAGUUUGGUUCAUGGUCGGCUAGGGUCGCGAGUUUGUGGGGGCGAUCAUGAUUUUCGCUUGGGGUGGGUUCGUACGCAGGUUCUGUGGAGAACGCAAGUUCUGUGGAGAGAGGGGGUGUACAGUAGAUUUGAACAGGAGGGUUAAAUGAAGGAAAGU